AGUCACGACAUUGGAAGAGAAGUAAUCAGCGGCACGGGUAGAGCUACAAAGUGUCUGUCGGGGCCACAGAAAAGGCGUGCACGAAGCAGUAGUUACGACAAUACAAAUGCCUCGGGUGACACAGUUCGGAAGCGCGCCUCUUUCCCGAGAACUGUUGAAGAUGUGCAUUGCGGUCUAUCACGGGGCAAUUUCGGUCAACGUAGGGACGAAGCUUCUGAGGCUAAAAGAGUUUUGGAUCCUCGGUGUCGCAUUGUUGGGAGUGAGUCGUUGCGUACCCUUCUUCAAAUGCAGAACCCGAAUGUAGUGGAUGCCGUACAGUUUGUGCCAACGGUCACUGUGGGGAACGCUGCGAAAUCUUUAGCUGAGCUUGCUAUUGCCACUCCUGUCAGCUUUUCCUGCCUGGUACCACCUAAUGACCAACCCACCAAUCAAUCAAAGAGCAGUGUGGUCGUGAAACGUCGCACAGGUCCAAGUAUAGUGAAAGCUGUUAAACCGUCAAAUAAAGUCAAGCAGCCUAUCGCAUCGGUACGACCACUCUCAUCAGAUCACUACGUUAAGUCGCCUACGGAGGUUGUACUGGACGCGGACCACAAUCAUAUAAAUGCGCACCCUGGUGGUGACAACUCGCUGUCGCCUGAGAAAAAACAGUGUGCGAUUUCGUUCCACGACGAUGAGAACAACAUGGAAACGGUGGAUGCACGAUGGGUUAUUGAUCGCAUUGCUCAAUUACGGUUAAAAACCGAAUCUACA